AUGUCGAGUCCCAGGAGGCCGAUAAUCCUCACGAGGAGGAAACGGCCGUUUCAAAGAAACGAAGCCGACGAGACGCAGAACAAAUCUUCUACGGCGUCCGGAGCACGAUCCGUCUCUGCAUCUGCACAAGACGGCAUCCACGUUGUGGACCAUCCCACUAGGCCGGAGGCACUAGUGGUCGUCGUACCAGAACCCGCCGGUCUUCAGAGCGUCCUCGAUGCACUGACUGUCAAGAGGGAGGAACGUGGUACUCAGGGGCCAAACAAGUUCAUUUUUCUGAGUGGAAGAUGUGGAUCUGAGGAUGAAGUUAAAGCUCUGUUCCAGGCCACAUCAGAGAAUAAAAACCGACCUGAAGCAGGUGUAGCUGGAAAUGACCAAACUCUACCAAACAGUGGAUUGCCAGUGAAAAAUGAGCCAAACUGCAGCGUGUUAGAUGACAGCCUGACAAACAUCCAGUGGUUGGGGAAAAUGAGCACGCAAGUCUCGGGUCCCGAAGCAGGAAAGAAAGACUCUGACAAAGAGAAUUUCGAUGGCUGUGUACAGCUCCAGGAGCCACAACACACAGAGGAAGACCCGAGUGCCGUUAAGGGCCCUCUGUCAGAAAGACCACCGUACUCCUACAUGGCUAUGAUCCAGUUUGCUAUCAAUAGCAAGAAAAAUAAGAUGAUGACACUGAAGGAAAUCUAUAACUGGAUAGAAGACCAUUUCCCGUACUUCAGGAAUCUAGUUAAACCUGGCUGGAAGAACUCCAUUCGCCAUAACCUUUCCUUGCACGACAUGUUCAUCAGAGAGAGCACACCAGACGGCAAGAUCUCCUACUGGACCAUUAAACAUGAAGCAAACCGCGGUCUGACAUUAGACCAGAUGUACAAGGUCCCCAAGGGUGAACUCCUCCCGGUUGCUGAAGUAAAGGAAGAACGUGUGUGUGUACCACAGAGAACACCACACUGUGUGUACGUCAGUGAACCCUGCAGCAGCAAACAGAAAGAGAUGAGCAGCUCGCGUCAGAAGUAG